UCCCCUGUGAAUAAACUGCAAUCUAGUCAACUCAGUCGUACACUGUGCUGCAAUGAAGACACAAGAUGAUCUGUGAGUUGUGACAGAGAGAUAGAUUUGCCUUCCAGAUUGAGAGGAGCUUGUUUUGUUGGAAGUGGCUGCAGUAGUGAUGUUCUUGAACACAACGUCUCCCCGGAAGUCGUUCAGCGUCCCCAUUAACAUCAACCUGCAGGGUGCUCGCAGGAGGCAGACACGGGAGUUCCUGAGCUCUGCAGCGGUGCACGACCAGGACUGGUGCAGAGGAGGGGAUGGACGUGGAGGACAGAGAGCUCGGUCCCAGGUGCCGGUGUCGAGUGUUGGGGAGGACAGAGCCAUCCUUCUGGGCUUCACAAUGAUGGCCUUCUCCGUGCUCAUGUUCUUUCUGGUCGGCAUCACCAUGAUCAAACCCUUUGUCACCAGUAAGUGGGAAGAGGAGGCAGGUUGUGUGCUGGUGCAGGCCGACAUCCUUAAAGAGUGGGUGGACUGCAGAGGUAUAAGCACCGUGCCGUGCCUCAGGGUGAUGGUUAAUCUCACAGGCUCCAAUCAAAGUGCUUUUCUACACUUGGAUGAAGAAUCGGUCCUCCUCGCCCCUGAGUGUUUCUACUUACCCAAAUGCCGCAUGGACAGAACAGAUCUUCAAGCGGAAGUUCAGAGAGUGAAGAAGGCGUUGGACGUCCAGCUGGGCAGCGCCUCGUCCUGCUUCACUGACCGCACGCGGCACCCCAGUGACGUCAUCCUGAGCAGGAAGUACACGUGGAAGAAGGCCCUGUUUGCGCUGCUGUGGCCCUGUGUGAUGCUGGGUGGUGGAGCUCUGCUGGUGGGCCUCGUGAAGCUCACACAGUGCUUGGCUCAUCUGUCCGCUGAGGUGUGCAGUCAGGGUGCAGGGAGUCGGCUGACGACAAGAUACACGCAGGGCAAACUGUACAGACUCCUCCGCAGGUCCAGCGCGCAGACGCCAUCUUGAUCAGUGAUUAUGUUGCCAAUACUCAGAAGCCAAAGACACGAUUUGUCAGAACUGGUGCACAGUGGGAACCAGGGCCAGUGAACGCUGCUGAGAAUAGAUUUAGUUCUAGGUUGUCAGUGUGAUACUUUAUUCAUAUGUGUAUAAUAACUGUAUACUCACAUUUUAUAUAUUUUAUAUAUACUUUAGGCUAGAGUCUUGCUGUAUGGAGGUUGUCUUGCACCAGCCUGAACAGACAAAUCAGCCAGGCUCCAUCCUCGCUUCAUAUUUUGAAGCAGGAGCUUAUUCCACAAAUGAAGAAGGACGACAUGCUUCCUGGUCUGCAGAGGCCUGUAAGAGAAAAACUUAAUAUUAGGCCUUCUCUAAAAUUAGCAGCUUACAUUCCUAAGCACAAGCCAAACCAACUCAGGACGGUGCCAGCCACAAUUCUCUAAUCACAAAGGCCUCGGUGUAGCACUGGCACCAGUCAUUUGUCUACAGAAUGUGCCUCCUUAUAUUUGCGCUGUGCCUAAACUGACUAGGACAGAGGACUGAUAACUCAACUAUGCAGUCCUCCCAAAGGUCAGCUCUAUGUAUCAGCAGAGAACGGCCUCCAAAACCCUUUAAAUAUCCUGCUUCUGGGACUCACGGGCAGACUGACAGAGGAUGCCCAACUGUUAAAAUCUACUUGUUCAUGUUCGGCAUUGUCUCUGCUCCUCAGAUCUGAGCUGCUUCCAAUAAAGCUUUUCAACUUAACUCA